CCUAAACGUGUCAGUACUGUUUCUCUCCUGAAUUGAAGAUAUGCCUUCAAUUCAGGCCGCUCACACCACAUCCUUGCUGGGCAUAUUCGAUCUCUCUGGCGCAAAAUCUGGCGCAUUCCAGGCCAAUUCGCGUUCUUCCACCCCUCAACCACAGGGCAACUCUGCACCAGUUUGGAAAGUCUUAGUUCUUGAUGAAGUUUCCAAAGAUAUUUUAGCGACUGUGUUGAGGGUUCAGGACCUCCGCGAUGUUGGCGUCACUCUACAUAUGCAAUUGCACAACCCAAGGCCGCAACUCUCUGAUGUGCCUGCUGUGUAUCUAGUGUCUCCUACACUCGAGAAUGUCCGAAGGAUAGCCGAAGAUCUCUCUCAACACUUAUACGAAAGUUUCCAUCUGAAUUUCACAUCGCCUCUCCCUCGUGUAGUCCUCGAGGAACUCGCCCUUCUUGUGGCGAGGGACGGAACUGGAGAUCUCAUCGAAACUGUAGUGGAUCAAUAUGUCGAAUUUAUCUCACCUUCGCCUUCUCUCUUUUCUCUGGUGAGACCGCGCAAUCAGUCCUCUCAUGACUCCCUUGUUCGUUCCACCUACGAGCUAUUGAAUUCGCCGAUGACUGGUGAAGCUGAAAAUGAUACAGAAAUCGAAAGAAUUGCUGCAGGGCUGUUUGCGGUCACCGUUACACAAGGGCAGGUUCCAUACAUCCGUGCUCCUAGGGGUAAUGCUGCCGAAAUGGUUGCACGCAAAUUGGAAGCGAAGUUGCGGGACCACCUAUUUUCCGGAACUAACAAUAUGGGUCUUCGCAAUGGUGGCCUCCAACGUGCAACAAACGGGGCCCUCGACAACUCUCUUGGGAUCAGCCCGCUAGAAAGACCGGUUCUUAUCAUUGUUGAUCGCGACGUUGACCUUGCUUCUAUGUUAUCUCAUUCUUGGACCUAUCAAGCUUUGGUCCAUGAUGUAUUGGAUAUGAGGCUGAAUCGAGUCUCAGUGCCAUCAAACGAUACCGGGUCCGCUGCAUCGAAGCGAACGUAUGACUUGGAUUCAAGCGAUUUCUUUUGGGCAAAGAAUGCGAGCAAUCCUUUCCCCCAAGUCGCUGAAGACAUAGAUUCAGAAUUAAAUAAAUACAAGCAAGAUGCGGCAGAAGUGACUCGCGUCACUGGCAUCGACAAUUUGGAAGAGCCAGGUCCGAUCGACUAUUCUGCAUCUACCUCCCAUUUAAGAGUUGCUAUUACUGCGUUGCCAGAACUCACUGCACGGAAGCAAGUCUUGGACACGCACAUGAAUAUCGCUACCAGCAUCCUUGAUAUCAUCAAGUCACGAGCACUCGAUGAGCUUUACCAAUUCGAAGAGGGUGCAGCGAGACAGAGCGCGAAUUCUGUCCUGGAUUUUCUCCGAUCACUAAAGAAGGGUGUGGAUGGAAAUCCUCUGCCCCAUGAUAGAGUUCGGUUGCUCCUUGUAGUAUUCCUGUCCUCAUCAUCUAUGCAGAUCAAUAAGGAUGAAUGGGCUGAACUUGAAGGUGAGCUAAGGAAGGUGGGGGCUGAUCUAAGGCCUCUUCAGUAUGCCAGAAGGAUGCGUGAGAUCAGCCAUUUGCCCAGCUUUGCGAUGAGUGCAGUCACAAGUGCCACUCAAGGUGGUGGGGAGCUCUUCAAGGGGUUUAGCACCCUUAGUACAAAACUAAGUGACAGGUUGAAAGAGGGUGGGUUUGAGGGCAUCCUAUCAGGAGUCAAAACAUUUCUCCCCACCAGUAAACUACUACCUUUGACAAGGAUAGUAGAUGCAAUUAUGGAGCCAACCUCAGCAUCAUCUGCCUCACUUCAGGCCACUGAUGAUUACUUGUUUCUGGAUCCCAAAAUACCCCGGUCAUCCUUGGUGAAGACAAAGCGAAUGCCAUUUGGUGAAGGAACUGUAUUUGUUGUUGGAGGUGGAAGCUAUGUGGAGUAUACCAAUCUUAUGGAUUGGGGCAAAAAAGGUCAAGGUGCCCAGAAGUUGGUUACAUAUGGGAGCACCGACAUCUUGAGCCCAUUGGAGUUCUUAGAUAUCUUGAGCAGGCUUUCUUGAAAUGAAGUUCUAUGUGUUGACCAAGCUUGGGCUUGGGCAGUAAAUGAAGUUGUGUUAUGGGCAAAUGACUGCUGGUCUUUCUUUCAGGCAGAGAUGGCUGUCAGGGUACAAUAAGGUUUUUAAACUAUAUUUCCAAAAGCUCUCAAACAUGGGUGUAAGGGAUGGAUGGGUGGUAGAGCAGUGAUGAAUGUUUAUUUGUCUUUAUUCUUUGUUGUAUACAAUGUAAAAGAACUGUAUAUGGCUCAGGGUUGGGUAAAAGGUUUUUCAUUCUUUACCCUCACCCCAUGUUGAAUCAUAAGC